CUCAUUUCAAGCAACAAGAAACAUUUUGUUGAUAUUUCCACUCGUUCAUGAGACGAUACAGCUGCCACCACCUUUCGCUUGUUACUGAAGUCCUGUCACUCAACGUGGCCACCUAGUGGAGCUGUGAGGGUUGAUCACCCUCCUGGUCAUCAGAGAUUAUUCCACUACCUCCCUCAUCUGGGGAGGCGCCUGCUCUGCAACAUCUCCCUCAGAUCCCUUUCAUUUUUUGUUUUUACCCCCUGGAGACAAUACAGCACUGAGCAGAGUUUGAUUUCAUCAGACUUUGGUCGAUCAAAGAUUUAAAACCUCCUUGAAAUUUCAAGAGUCUCAUAGAAAGUGGAGUUGUUAACCAGUGGGUCACAGAAACCGUUCUGUCCCCUGACAUACAUGUGCGUGUGAUAUACUCCCAUGAUCCAUGGCUUCACACUGGAGUUAAUGGUGCUCCAGAGCCAGAAACAGGUCUCAUCCAACAAGAAGCAAACUGAGCCACAGAGGACGAGUCACUCUUAUCCAAUAAGAGCAAAGCCAGAUGGAACUGUCAUCAAACGGCACAUUCUCUACAGCGACACCAACAACAGCAUUCAAUGGCACAAGACAGACAGACAAAUACACCAAUCACAACUGGGAGUUCCUGGUGGCCGUCCUGGUCACAGCCAUCUCUAUCUCCAUCGUCAUCGCCCUCCUGGCUAAAUGCCACGUGAUCCGGCGUUACCUGGCCAGCUACCGGCACACGCGGCUGAGGGAGUCGGACACGGUCAGCCAGUUAGAUCCGUCAGGCCUUGACGUAGUGUUCGCGAUGCACAGUGGUCGUGGAGUGAACCCACACUGUGUCCCUCCCGUGAGCGAGGAAGACGACGACGGCUUCAUUGAGGACAACUACAUCCCGGCCAGCGAGCGAGCGAGGGCAGAGAGAGCAGCGGAGAACAUGGAGGACACUGAGGAAGAGAUGGAUGAGAUUGAAUUUACCAUCGCUUAGUGUCGAGUGUCUCCUCUCAGCUGAACCACUGAAUCCACUCGUACCUUUUCUUUAGUUUUUGUCAGUUACAAAAGUGACACUGGUUAAGUUUUGUAAAAUGUAAAAACCUGGGCUUGCAUGUGUCUGAAUUUUAAACAAGCACAGAAGUGUAUUAGUUCUCAACGUCUGGUCUGAUGACGAGUCACAGUGGUCAAGUUUUAUCUGUCAGCAUAGUGACGAGAGUAACAGCAAAUUAUAUGUUACUUAUUUAUACAAAAGGAUAAACUGGAAAUAUAUAAGUAGAAAAGAGAUAAACAGGUCUUCUCAUAGACUCUAUAUAAAGAUGGACGACAUAACUAUAUAACUAUAUAAAGAUGGACGACAUAACGACUCCUCAAAAGUGAAGCCAAAAUGUUAUUAGCACCCUCUGGUGGCUGGCUGCAGUAAAGGCCAGUAAUGUGAAGACACAUUGUCUAUCUUUACAUACAGCCUAAGGGUCUUCUGUAUAUAUUUACGUUAACCAAUCACUUGUGUGUCUUGACAGUUGUCGAUUGGUUGAUUGAUUUGCGGAUGCUUCAUUACAGGUCUUGAAAAAUAUCCUGGACGGACGAUCUCAGCUGUGGAGAGGAAACUUUCACUUUCCACUCUCAUGUGUUGUCAGUGGGAUAAAUAAGCAAAUGUGUGUGUAAACGUAUAAAUUAUUCAAUUAAUUGAUUAAAAA